GAGUGCUGGGAUUAAAGGCGUGCAUCACCAAUACCUGGCGUAUUAAACUCUUGACCUUCCUGUUUCUACCUCUCCAGUGCUGGGAUUACAAGCAUGCACCCCUAUGCUGGCUUAGUUUAUAAGAUAUGGGAGAUGGAACCUGGGCUUAAUAGAUACAAGGCAAAAUCCCUACCUGCUGAACCACCUCUGCCCACUAAUGUUUUAUAUUUGGGUGAUUUGUUUGAAGACAGUUUUAAAUGGCUAGACACAAAUUUCCAAAAUAGAGUGGCUGACUAAGUAGACUGCUCUUCUGACCCAUUGAAACAAACAUACUUUUUGUCUUUUGCAGGGUUGAAAAAUGACCAUAGUUGACAAAACUGAACCUUCAGACCCGUCAACCUGUCAGAACCAGCCUGGCAGUUCUGAGGCGGUCUCACCUGAAGACAUGGACACAGGCUCUGCCAGCUGGGGUGCCGUGUCUUCAAUAAGUGAUGUUUCAAAUCAUACACUUUCAUUAGGGCCAGUGCCUGGUGCUGUAGUUUAUUCUAAUUCAUCUGUACCUGAUAAAUCAAAACCAUCACCACCGAAGGAUCAAGUCCUAGGUGAUGGCAUUGCUCCUCCUCAAAAGGUUCUAUUUCCAUCUGAAAAGAUUUGUCUUAAGUGGCAACAAAGUCAUCGAGUUGGCGCUGGGCUCCAGAAUUUGGGCAAUACCUGUUUUGCCAAUGCCGCAUUGCAGUGUUUGACCUACACACCACCCCUCGCCAAUUAUAUGUUGUCCCAUGAACACUCCAAGACAUGCCAUGCAGAAGGAUUUUGUAUGAUGUGCAUAAUGCAAACACACAUUACCCAGGCACUCAGCAACCCUGGAGACGUUAUCAAGCCGAUGUUCGUCAUCAACGAAAUGCGGCGUAUAGCCAGACACUUCCGUUUUGGAAACCAAGAAGAUGCCCACGAAUUUCUUCAGUACACAGUUGAUGCCAUGCAGAAAGCAUGUUUAAAUGGCAGCAAUAAAUUAGAUAGACACACCCAAGCUACCACCCUGGUCUGCCAGAUAUUUGGAGGAUACCUAAGAUCUCGAGUCAAAUGUUUAAAUUGCAAGGGUGUUUCAGAUACCUUUGAUCCAUAUCUGGACAUAACAUUGGAGAUUAAGGCUGCUCAAAGUGUUACCAAGGCAUUAGAGCAGUUUGUGAAGCCAGAACAACUGGAUGGAGAAAACUCCUACAAAUGCAGCAAGUGCAAAAAAAUGGUUCCAGCUUCAAAGAGAUUCACCAUCCAUAGGUCUUCUAAUGUCCUCACCAUUUCACUCAAGCGCUUUGCCAACUUCACUGGCGGAAAAAUUGCUAAGGAUGUGAAAUAUCCUGAGUACCUUGAUAUUCGGCCCUAUAUGUCUCAGCCCAAUGGGGAACCAAUUAUUUAUGUUUUGUAUGCUGUGCUGGUGCACACUGGUUUUAACUGUCAUGCUGGCCACUACUUUUGCUACAUAAAGGCUAGCAAUGGCCUCUGGUAUCAGAUGAAUGACUCCAUCGUGUCCACCAGUGAUAUCAGAUCGGUGCUUAACCAGCAAGCUUAUGUGCUCUUUUAUAUCAGGUCACAUGAUGUGAAAAAUGGAGGGGAACCUGCUCAUCCUACCCAUAGCCCAGGCCAGUCCUCUCCCCGCCCAGGAAUCAGUCAACGUGUUGUCAACAACAAGCAGGCAGCACCAGGGUUUAUUGGACCCCAACUGCCUUCCCAUGUCAUGAAGAAUACACCACACUUGAAUGGCACCACGCCAGUGAAAGACACGCCAAGUAGUUCCAUGUCAAGUCCUAAUGGAAACACCAGCGUCAAUAGGGCCAGUCCUGUUGUUAAUGCUUCAACUUCUGUGCAAAACUGGUCUGUCAACAGGCCCUCAGUUAUUCCAGAGCACCCCAAGAAACAGAAAAUUACCAUCAGUAUUCACAACAAGUUGCCUGUUCGCCAGGGUCAGGCACAGCUGAAUAACAACCUCCAUGGCCCUUCUUUGGAGGCCCCUAGCAAGGCAGCACCCUCUUCUACCAUCACUAACCCUUCUGCAAUACAGUCUACCUCGAAUGCACCCAUGACAUCAGUUUCUAAUAAAGUAGCAAAAUCAGUUUCCCCCAGUGAAUCCUGUUCCAAGCCCAUGGUGAAUGGCAAGGCUAAGGUGAGCUCCAGUGUGCUGGUUCCCUAUGGGGCUGAGUCCUCAGAAGAGUCUGAUGAGGAGUCAAAGGGCCUGGCCAAGGAGAAUGGUGUAGACAUGAUGGCCAGCACUCCCUGUGCCAGGCCAGAAGCUGAAGAUGCGGAUGGUGAGGCUUCCCCACAAGAGCUUCAAGAAUCCGUCACGCUAAAUGGUGCUAAUAGCGCAGACAGUGACUUGAGAGAGAAUGGCGUGGCAUUUGAUAGUGCCAGCUGCCAGGUCCAGCCCGAUCUACACACAGAAAACCUCUUUUCCAAACUUAAUGGUCUUCCUGGAAAGGUGACACCUGCUCCUUUACAGACUGUUCCAGAAGAUAGAAUCCUAGAGACCUUCAAGCUUACCAACCAGGCCAAGGGCCCAUCGGGUGAAGAGAGUUGGACUACAACAGGGGAAAGCCCCCCAAAGGACCCUGUUUCACAGCUGGAACCCAUCAGUGAUGAGACUGGUCCCCUUGAGACACCGGAGGCAGUCACCAAUGGGAACAUGAAGACCCCUACAACCAUGUCACCCCUGGAGCCCACCAUCAACUGUACCAAAGAAGACUCCUCCAUUGUUGUUCCAGCUAACCCUGUGGAGGCUCUGCCCUCUGUCACUGCUCUUUGUGACACCACCGGUACUACCUUGGGAGAUGCCCCACUGCCUGAAUUGUGUGACCCUGAUGACUUGAUUACUAACCAGAGCCAGCCAACCCAAGUAGUGAAAGAGGAAAUAGCUGAGAACCCACAGCAGGACUCCACCUUGGCUGAAGCAGUGGAGAGGCUGAGCCCAGCUCCCUCAGUGCUUACAGGUGAUGGGUGUGAGCAAAAACUCUUCCUUUACCUCAGCACAGAGGGGUCCGAGGAGGCAGAGGACUCUUCCAGAAGCUCGGGCAUCUCUGCAGACCCAAUGCCUCCUCAGCCUGACAGGACCACUAGCUCUUGUGAAGGGGCUGCUGAGCAGGUGACAGGGGAGAGAGGUGACGGAAGCAAGGUGGUACCCAAAGUUCAGGAGCCUUCCCCAGCCAAGGAAAAGGUGAGCAGCCUCCGGAAAGUGGAUAGAGGACACUAUCGAAGCCGGAGAGAGCGUUCCUCCAGUGGGGAGCCUGCGAGGGAUGGCAGGGCCCGGACAUACAGCCACCAUCACUCACGGGUUAGGAAUGGCCCAGAACAGGACUGGAGCCGAUACCACCAUUUGGAAAAUGAGCAUGCCUGGGUCAGGGAGAGAUUCUACCCGGACAAGAUGCGGUGGGACAAAUGCAGGUAUUACCACGACAGGUACGUCCCGUACACGGCCCGAGAGUGGCGGCCUCUCCGUGCUCGUGAGCAUGAACGCUCUGCCCAGCUUGGGCGUCCACACAAAGACAGCUACUGGGGCCGUAAAAGCUGGGAGCUGCAACCCCGGGGGAAGGAACGACCCCACUUCCACAACCCCAGAGAGGCCCCUGGCCUUGCUCUGACCCUCGAGAGGCAUCCCCAAGAGAAGGCCGUGCUGGAUGUGCAGGAGAGCACCCACAGUCUCCCUGAGCGCUUUCAUGAACACCAAAGUGUCAAGCCGAGGAAACGGAGGUAUGAGACGCUAGAAAAUGAUAGCCGCUUAGAGAAAAAAGCCCACAAAAGUCUGGAGAAGGACACUGUAGAAGAGCCAAGGACAAAGAAGCACAAAAAAUCUAAAAAGAAAAAGAAGUCCAAAGAUAAACACCGGGAUCGAGAUGGCAGGCAUCAGCAAGAAUCCGACUUUUCAGGAGCAUACUCUGAUGCUGACCUCCACAGACAUCGGAAGAAAAAGAAGAAAAAGAAAAGACAUUCAAGGAAGUCAGAGGCCUUGAUGAAAGAUGUUGAGAUGCAUUUACCGAAGCCCUCGAACUACGAGGCUGUCGGCCAUUUCCGGAGAACGGAGGGCACCUUUCUGCUGGCUGAUGGCCUGGCUCUGGAAGACAGCAGCUCUUUCCGGGAGAAAACCAAGCACUUAAGGGUGGAAAGCCGGCCUGACAGAUGCUAUCUGUCAGAGUAUGGCCAGGGUGAUUAAAGCCUUGGCCUCAUAACAAAAAAAAAAAAAAUUACGAUUCAACAUUUUCAACAGAAGCCAUCCCAAACCCAGAUUAAAUUAUAAACAUAGAAAAUAACUUUGUCCAAACUGCGUGGUGCUUCUUUAGUAAAUACUGUACAGACUUUACCAUGGACAACUUUUUUUUUUUUUUUUAAGUUUUUACCUUUUCUUAAUUGCCCUUAUUCCAAACGGAUACUUUGUACACUGCUGAACAUUGUAAAUUACUGUGUACAUAAAAACCACACUGAAAAUAAUGCCCUGGAAUAGACCAUCUCAGAUGCUGCUUAACUACAGACUCAGGUUGACUACUUGUAUUUCAUGUAAUGUUCCUCCAAGCUAGACAUCUGGUGCACGGCCAACUGGGAACCAUGGACUUCUAAAAGGACAAACCAACAGUGCGUCUAUUUAAUUUAAAGACUUAUUUAAAGACCCAAGCUCUCAACUAGACCUUCGAGGGCUUCCUCUGCAAUGUCUGAUACUAGAAACUAAUUUGCUUCACAUUUUAGUUGUAUUCAAGAUUUGAAGAUGUAUUUUAUAGACAAGUUCUGUUUUUGAACUUUGUGGAACUAUUCCAAUCAAUUUACCAGUUAUGAUGAGUAUUUGCAUUAUGAAUGUAUAAUCCAGACAUUAUUUGUAAAGCCUACAGUAUGUUUUUAUUACCUAACACUUUUUAUACUGUGUCUCGUCUUGACAAUAUGAUAUUGGAGUCUGAGUCGUCAGCUUGAUCCCUUCAAGUUUCUAGUUACAGACAAAAAUCAUACUGUUAUUUUAUUUUUAAUAUGGAUAUGCUAUCAAACUGUGAUACACUUAUAAUUCACUGGUCCUGCAUCAGGAGACGGGAGUGGGGAAAAGACUGUAUUUAAUACAGUGUGUAUCUGAAUAAUCUGUAUGGUUUAUACAGUUUGUGUUGUUCAGAGAUGUCUAAAGUUGAUCUUUGUUUUUUUAAGAUUAAAAAAGCACUUGCCCCACUGUAUAUACGGCAUGUAAGAUUUAUAUAGUAUAUAAAUGGCAGCAAAUUAAACAA